AUGGACAGCAACCGAGGAUCAGUAAUAUUUAAGAAUUGUGGAGGUACGGGACAGGGCCAAGACGGCGACGACUCGCUCUACCCUAUUGCGGUGCUCAUAGAUGAGCCCCACAACGAGGAUGUUCAGCUUCGCCUCAACAGCAUCAAGAAGCUGUCCACCAUAGCCUUGGUCCUCAGCGUCGAGAGGACCCGCAGUGAGCUCCUGCCCUUCCUGACAGACACCAUCUACGAUGAGGAUGAGGUCCUCUUGGCCCUGGCGUAGCAGCUGGGAACCUUCACCACGCUGGUGGGAGGCCCAGAGUUCGUGCACUGCCUGCUGCCGCCCCUGGAGUCGCUGGCCACGGUGGAGGAGACGGUGGUACUGGACAAGGCGGUGGAGUCCCUGCGGGCCAUCUCGCACGAGCACUCGCCUGCAGACCUGGAAGCCCGCUUCGUGCCACUGGUGAAGCGGCUGACAGGCGGUGACUGGUUCACCUCCCGCACCUCGGCCUGCGGUCUCUUUUCUUUCUGCUACCCCCGAGUGUCCAGUGCGGUCAAGGCAGAGCUCCGACAGUACUUCGGGAACCUGUGCUCAGACGACACCCCCAUGGUGCGGCGGGCCGCAGCCUCCAAGCUGGGAGAGUUUGCCAAGGUGUUGGAGCUGGACAACGUCAAGAGCGAGAUCAUUCCCAUGUUCUCCAACCUGGCUUCUGACGGGCAGGACUCUGUGCGGCUGCUGGCGGUGGAGGCCUGUGUGAAGAUCGCCCAGCUCCUGCCCCAGGAGGACCUGGAGGCGCUGGUGCUGCCCACCGUGCGCCAGGCUGCUGAGGACAAGACCUGGCGAGUCCGGCACAUGGUGGCCGACAAGUUCACAGGGCUCCAAAAAGCAGACAUCACCACCAAGCACAUGCUGCCCACCGUCCUGCGAAUGGCUGGAGACCCGGUUGCUAACAUCUGCUUCAAUGUGGCCAAGUCCCUACAGAAGAUAGGCCCCAUCCUGGACAACAGCAUGCUGCAGAGUGAGGGCAAGCCCGUCCUGGAGAAGCUGACCCAGGACCAGGAUGUGGACGUCAAGUACUCUGCCCAGGAGGCUCUGACUGUUCUGUCUCUGGCUUGA